AGCCCAGACCAGGGGGGUCCAGUGAAGGAGGAGCCUGGUUGCCCUAAUCGGGGAGCGAGGCUGGGCUUCCACAGGGGGCAGGAGAAGGCCUGGGAGGCUGGAGCGCAGGAUGAGGGAGAAGGAGAGAAAGAUGAAGGUGCUGAACAUCUACUCCAAACUCCAGGACAGCGGACCCCUUCAGCCCAGCCGCAACAGGGGCCGCUCCAAGUUUGAGGACUUCGACUUCUUGGCAAAGUAUUGCAUUUUCAGCCAGGAGAAGCUGGCAGAAUACAAAAGGGCUUUUGAAGCGGUGGACAGCGAUGCUGAUGGUUACAUCUCCUGCCUGCAAGUGCUGCUGGCACUAAAGAAGAUCAUCCCUCCAGAGCUGCUCUCUGAUGAAGAAGAGAUAUACGUCUACAGGAUCCUGGAGAUGGUGGACUUCAGGGUGACAGAUGGACUUACAGACCUAAGGCUCUUUGCUGUGAUUGCGAGCCUAGCACAGAAAAUAGCCACAUUGGAUGUAUUUAUGCGUUCCCUGAUAAGCAAAAUGGACUUCCGUUCUUUGGCGUUAAAGCUAUACAAAGCAAAGCAGCUGUUCCUGUUCCUGCUGGAGGGGCAGACAGGGGGCACUGUGGCCCAGCAGGGCUGUAUCAGUGCAGAGCAGCUCCUGGUGGAGCUAAAGGCCGGGGGCAUCCGACCAGAACAAGAGGAAGCCAUCAAACAGGAGCUCCGACACAUCAGCUCCCUGGACCUGCUGGACUUCCUGGCGUACCUGCCCCUCUUCGUCCUCAUCCACAACUCGGUCAUCGCCAACCCACUGGAUGACUCCAGCAACCUGUGAUGUCAUCGGCUACACAGACUUGACCCCUAUCUGUCAUUACCUACCACACACUGUGGUAACAGGGUUCCAGGGUCCCCUUUCUAAAAAGAUAGCUAAUGCACUUAAAGCAGUUUUUUAGAUGUGUUUUUUACAAGUUUAGUUUUUUUGUAACUUGGGAGCACUUUUCAUGUAACAAGGUCAACCUUCUGAGACAUUUCUUCAAAUCAGCUUUGGAGACACCUUUUGGAAUAUGCAUUUAUAAAUACGCUACCCCUUUGCAUUGGGCGUCUAAGCUUGAGAAUGGUGCUGUCUAUGGUACUGAAAUAUGCAGGGAUUUUCAGUUGUGGACUGAAUAGGGACAUAACACGUUUAGACUCCAGUUAGACAAGGGAUACACAAUUGUUGCUCAUGGGGGGCCGAAUUCUAAAAUGCAAGAUGCAGGUGCAACUUCGAACUUUUGCACAAAUCAAGCAUUGAUUCAAUGCAUGAUUUAUGCCAAACCUUUGUGCGGGUUUUUCAGAUAGGGGAGUGGGGGGGUGAAUAUAAUGGCUCUCUACCGCUUUAGUAACUAAGUAAUGUGGCAUUAUGAAAAUAAAAUAAAUGAAGCAUGGCCUA